UGUUUACUCUUGUCUGCUGGAGCUUCUGUAACCUGUUUGUUGAUCGCUCUCUGAGGCUUAUUAACACCCCGAGUUUAUUAUAAGCCGGGUUGAUUUCUCAGGGGGUUUCAACUUUCCGUUGUCGGGAAAAGAUAGCCGGAUAUCAGACAAGCAGACACAACAACAUAACGUGAAAUGUCAGCGGCGUUUACCAGGCGACGGAAUCACACUGAGAGAGGCUUUUCAAAUGUAGCUUGUUAGCUAGCUUCGUGUACACACAGCCUUUUUUGUUCUGCUCUUGAACAGCCUCUCUGCAUGACAAAUUAGACCCAGUGUCGAGGACAGACAGGGCGCUGAAACACAGCGGCUUGUUCAGGUUGGAACAACGCGUCAAGAACAAUUUCUGGUCGUCAACCUCAGCCCCGGGGCUAACCCCCGGUCGCCGACCGAAUUAAUGGCCGGAAAUCCGAGGAGGGGCGCCGGGCUCAUCGGCUUGAUGAAGGACGCGUUUCAGCCCCACCAGCAGCCUCUGCAGCCUCACCAACCUGCAGUGGUCGAUAAGAAAAUGGUGGAGAAAUGCUGGAAACUCAUGGAUAAGGUGGUGCGUUUGUGCCAGAACCCCAAGGUGGCUUUAAAGAACAGCCCGCCCUACAUCCUGGACCUGCUGCCUGAUACCUACCAGCACCUGCGCACCAUCCUGUCCCGGUACGAGGGCAAAAUGGAGAUCCUGGGGGAGAACGAGUAUUUCCGCGUGGUCAUGGAGAACUUGAUCAACAAGACGAAGCAGACCAUGAGCCUUUUCAAGGAGGCCAAGGAGAGGAUGUUUGAGGAGAACUCCCAGCCUAGGCGAAACCUCACCAAGCUGUCUCUGAUCUUCAGUCACAUGCUUGCAGAGCUCAAAGCCAUCUUCCCCAAUGGCUUAUUUCAGGGCGACAACUUCAGGAUCACCAAAGCUGAUGCGGCAGAAUUUUGGAGAAGGUCAUUCGGGGACAAGACCAUAGUGCCAUGGAGGACAUUUCGUCAGGCUCUCCACGAGUUUCACCCAAUCAGCUCGGGCUUGGAGGCCAUGGCUCUCAAGUCCACCAUCGACCUCACCUGCAACGACUACAUCUCCGUCUUUGAGUUCGACAUCUUCACCAGGCUCUUCCAGCCAUGGUCGUCUUUGUUGAGGAACUGGAACAGUCUGGCAGUCACACAUCCGGGUUAUAUGGCCUUCCUAACCUACGACGAGGUCAAGGCUCGACUACACAGGUUCAUCCACAAACCUGGCAGCUACAUCUUCAGGCUGAGCUGCACUCGGCUUGGCCAGUGGGCGAUCGGCUAUGUGACAGCUGAUGGGAACAUCCUGCAGACCAUCCCCCAUAACAAACCACUCUUCCAAGCACUCAUUGAUGGAUACAGAGAGGGAUUCUAUCUGUUCCCAGACGGUCGUGCGCAGAACCCCGACCUUACAGGGCUUUGUGAACCUUCACCACAGGAUCACAUCAAAGUUACUCAGGAGCAGUACGAGCUGUACUGUGAGAUGGGCUCCACUUUCCAGCUCUGUAAGAUCUGUGCAGAGAACGACAAGGACGUGAAGAUCGAGCCCUGCAGACACCUGAUGUGCACGUCCUGUCUGACGGCCUGGCAGGAAUCGGAGGGUCAGGGCUGCCCAUUCUGUCGCUGCGAGAUUAAAGGCACAGAGCCCAUCGUCGUGGACCCCUUCCACCCAAAGGCCAGCGGGGCUUCCUUUGCUGGUUUCCAGGGGUCCAGCAGAGCAGAAGCUGUUGGAAACGAUGAUGAGGAGGACGAUCGUUUGGAGGACCAGCACCUCGUCAUGAGCAGGCUGGCGUGCAGCAAGGUAGAGCGACCAGCCUCUCCAGUGUCUCAGUUACCUCCUGUGCCCCCCCGACUGGACCUCCUGCAGCAGAGACCCUCCAGCUCGCACAGCAUACAGAGUCAGGGAGCCACACCCAAGAUUUCAGCCACUCACAGAGACAAGCCUCUACCUCUGCCUCCAUCCCUGAGAGAACUGCCGCCUCCCCCCCCUCCGGAGCGCCCCUCCCUGCUCGGCCAGGACUCCAGACUCCAGAGGAGACCCCUGCCCUCCACCCCGGACCAGCCCGCCUGGGCCUCCAACUACAUGGUGCCCCGCCCGGUAUCCAAGACCGCCCUGUCGGCCCUGUCCCCCACCCCUCAGAGCAACGGGACCACCAGCGGAGAGGGGAUCAAACCCCAGGCGGCCACGAACGCCAUCUACUGCCUGGCUGCAAGGUCUCUGCCGGCGACAGCGAUAUCGAGCGGCGAGAGGCCGUCGUCUGACUGUGAGGAGAACGAGUACAUGAGUCCCACCUCCCUUCCUGCCUCUGGUGCUCCCUGGGUCAUAGCUGGAUCCUUGGUGCCCCCUCCCCCGGUGCAGGCCAACCACAACAACGACGUCAGCAGUGAGGUGAUCGACAGUGACUCUGAGGAUCCACAAGUCUACGAGUCGAUGUGUAACAUUCAGUCCCAGGCGGGUUCUUCUGAGACGCCACAGACGUCUGAAACAGAACCCCCUCAGCAUUCGGCUGCGGUGUCCCAGGACAAACAGGAGGAGAGCAGUGAGGAGGACAUUUAUGAGUACGACUAUCCCCGGCCUGUAGUUCCUCCCGCCCCCACCAGGAGAGCCCUGUCAGAGAUCAGCGGCCCCUCUUCUGCCUUCAGCACUCUCAGCCUGGACGGCCCAGUAGAAGCCAGUAUGUUUGCAGCAGGUGGAGAACCUGAACGCCCCCCUAAACCUCUCCCACGGCGAGCCAACUCUGACCGUCGACCUCGGCCUGCCAACCGUGAAUUUUCCUCCCCGUUACCAGACCUCCCUGGUCCCUCUUCAUCCUCCUCUGCGUCCCCAACUCCUCCUCCUCAUGCUCCUCAUGCUGCUCCUCCUCCUCCUCCUCCUACUGGAAGCCUGGCUCUGAACGGGGAGAUCGAGUGCCUGAUGUCUCAGGGCUACUCCAUCCAGGACAUCCAGAAAGCCCUGAUGAUCGCCCAGAACAACCUGGAGACGGCCAAGAACAUCCUGCGCGAGUUUGUCUCCAUCCCCUCGACGGCGCACAUCGCCACAUAGUCGUCGCUCCAGGCUCCCCCCCCCCCCCCUUUCCUCUCUGUCUGUCUCCACUCUGUGCCAUUAUAACGGAUAAAGCAUUUACCGAGCACUUUUCCUGCAGGGCCACAGGGCUCUCCUCUGAGGAGAAAACGCUGCGUUCAAGUCAUAUCAGAAGACGCAGGAAAAAUGAGUUUACAUCUAAAUCGUCAGCAAGUUCAAGUCUUUGAAAUACCUUCCACCAAAGUCAUUUCAAACAAACGAUGAAUGAAGUGCAACAGGUAUUACUUCUUCUUCAUACAAAAUGUAUUACUUUGAUCGUCUUGUAUACGAUAUGUGAACGCCAAGCAGUCAAAAAGCCUCAAAAUCGCUCGUUUACUCGUAAUCGUCAAUAUGAGAUUGAGUUUUUUUUUUUUGCUUUGAAGGAGUGUGACGCCUCCUGGACACAAAUCUUUUAUCUCUUAUUUUAAUUAAGGAGCUCCUCAGUAGAGGCUGAAAUGUCCGAUAUGACCUGAACGCAGCGCAGAUGAAGAAUUAAAGCCUUGUAAUGUGAGCUCUCUGUAGCCGAGCUUUGAUCCCUGUUGUACUCCGCUGAGGUCCGCUGCUCUUACGGCGGUGUUUCCCCUCAGUCUCAGUACGUUUUUUUUUGUUUUUUUCUCAUUAAGCUAAACGUUAAAGCUACAGCGAUCCGAUCAGCAGAGGGAUCGUGUUGUUGUGUUUAUUUGUUUUUUAAAAACUCGUCCCGCUGCUGGCAGCCAUUCAGUUUGGUGCUUUACAGGCUUCUUGGCAAAAUGUGGCGUUUCGAAACAAAUAUGUAGCGACACGAGUUUAGGUCAGACAUUAGUGAUUUACUCAGUGGCGUGCGUGUGUGUCUGUGUGUGUGUGUGUGUGUGUGUGUGUGUGUGUGUGUGUGUGUGUGUGUGUGUCUGUGUGUGUGUGUGUGUGUGUGUGCGCUCAUGCUGAUGAAUGUGAAUGUUCAGUCGCAGUGCAGUAUCGCAGGGCUUCACGUCGUAAACCGUCACUGUGGCUCGCUCUGUUUUUUUUCGAUGGUAUUUGAGAAGUCCGACGUGACUCCAUAUUUCCAGUCCGAUGGCGGUUCUGUGAUGAAAUAACACGUGUAACGUUUAAGUACUCUCAUGAGGUGUUGUGCUGUGUGUAGUACUAACUAACGGCUCAAUUGUCAGGAAGUUUCUUUUCUCAUUUUAAUUCCACGAUUGCCUGUCGUCAUCCCCGAAGGUCUGACGCUAAAGGCCGCUUGAUUUACUUCUUCUAGUUUCUCACUCCGAAACAAAAAGACUGCAGCAUGUUCAGGCGGAGUCACUGGGAAAUCAGAUUUAGGUUUUUUGGAUCACAAACCAGAAGGUGGUGUGUGUUUCUUUUUCUGUGGAUUCAGGGAUGAAUGUAAUGAAUGAAAAGAUGUUUUAAAGACACACAGAGAUGGAUUCAUAACGAUUGCUAACUUAUGACUCGUUCUUAACAGAAACACUCCAAGGAUAAGAUUUAAACACAACACUCAGAUUGAUUAUUUUUGUUUAGUUUGGGUUAGUCGACCUUCCUCUCUGCCCAUCCACUCCCUCUCAUUUCUAACUCUGGAUUCUGAAAAAAUAAUCCACCAAACGUCCCACAUUUAUCUCAGACCUGAACGGUUAACAAACCAGAUUCUAAAAUUAGUCAAGUGAGGAUUCUCAAACAGUCAACAUGAAAUUUAAAGGAUAUUAUUUUUAAGAUUUAUUGAAAGGAUGAAUCAGUUAUUUCUUGAUGGCCUUAAAAUUCACCUUCAUCGAUUUUAGAAUGUCUGAUUAGUUUUAGUCGGUUUCUUUCACUGAAUAUAUCAAAUUUCUAGUUCCUGUUUGUCAAUGUUUCGAUUUAAAGUUACAUUUUUUUAAUUGCGCAAAAGCAAAAAUGUCAAAUUGAGUUUGAAGACAUUAAACUUGCUGACUUUUUUUUUUUUUUUUUUACAAUUUUUAGAUUUUUAAUUGACCGUAAUUCUAAAAAUUCUCGACUGACUUUUUUUUCUGCACACAUUGUGAAAAAACAUGGCAGCAGUGUAGAUGUCUGGACGUAGCUCGGACUCUUCCUCGAGCAUCAACGUGAGCUUUAAUCUUUUUAUUUGAGAGCAAAAAAGCAUCAACAACUUAAAAAGGAUCGCAUUGAUCAGCACUAAUGUCAGAGCAUCCUCUCUUUAAUAUAAACCCCCAGCCACUGGAUCAGAAGCACGCUCGGAGCCAAGAUGAAAAGAGAUGCGAGUCCUGAGCAGAGCGGGGGGUCUGAUCAGAGUCCUGCUGGACUAUCCGUGCUGAAUACAAACACAUGGCGAGAGAAAAGCUCCGUUCACUGUCUUGAGGUGCCGGUCAGUGAAAGUGUUCGAGUUUAGAAACAAGAAGAGACUUCAACAUUUCCUCUUUUUACAUCCAAACAUCUGUGAAGCAUCCUGUUUUGAGUUCAAUUCCUUAAAACCCUGAACGGUCACUUUUUACUCCUGCAGUAACACGUCAACGUGCCUUUUGUCAAACACGACCCGCACACGAUAGCAGACGAACCAAAGCUCGACACAUUUUACUCUUUAAACGUAAACGAAAAGAAAAAUCCAAUUUCCGGUUGUUAUUGGAGCUCUUUUUCUGACCGUGUGAGUUUAGAAAGUUAAGAGAAUACAGAGAGGUUUGGUGUUUGUUCUCCACAUGAGGUUGUGUCAUCAUUGCAGGAAACAUCGCAGGAGACAUGAAACGUUGUUGUACUCUGGAAAAUUCACACGUCAGAAUAAACGUGGAAAUUCACUCCAAAUGCAGAAAUGGCGACUUUCUAGAAAAUGUUUCCGUCUAGCGAUUGCAAAAAAACAACGAUGUUUUUCCUACAAUUCAAAAAGGAAUUCCUCAAAUUAAGUGGUACUAUUUAUUACUAUCAGAUACUUUUAGUUAAUAACCAGGUUUCUCCAGCGUGAAAUAAAAUGUAGAGAGCAGUGUGUGUGAAUGUCGAUGUACUGUGACAUCUCGGCACUUUUCUUGUUGUUUCUUGUUCUUUAUUGGCUGAUUUGUAUCUUAAUACUGAAGAUGGGUGAAGCACUCCCUAAAUGUUACGUUCCAGCAGUAUGAAGUCUCGUUCUGAAUAUUGAACAUUUUUGUUUAAUUAAAAAAAAGUCUCAGUGAUGCGUUUAGAUCCCUUUCUCCGCACAUAAGAACUUUUUUUUUUUUUUUUUUUUUUUAAAAGCGCUGCAUUGCAAAGUGUUCCCUUCUGCACGCAGCGAUCAUCUCAUUAGUUCAAAGGUUACAUUUAUUAAAUAUGUAUUUUACUUUUUAAUCUAUUUGUAUUGUUUAAACACUUAUGUAAGCGAUUGAACAGCAUAGUGAAGAGAAAUGCCUUACGUAAGGGGAAUCAUUCGGCAGCAGCAGAUCAAUAAUUCACUCACCUCCUGAAUCCUAACACGUCUCUCUCUCUCGUACACUAAAAGGCACAUUAGCCUGUCGUGCUAGUUGGGACGCCCUCCUUUCAGGAUUUUGUGAUCAGGCUGUGGUAAUCCAGAUUUCUUCUUACAAUGGGUUUUGAAAUACAUCGCCCCUUCUUUUGAGGAAAUGGUCGAGCAUGAAUUAAAUUCUGACUGAAACUGAAAUCUUGCCCGCUUCAGACUUUGGUGUUUGAACACUCCGACAGGGACUAACUCUUGACCUGCGUGAAGAAACACUCGAGGUUUUCCAGCCGUGUUGAAUCACUGCCAGAGGCCCGGCUGUCUUUAACAAAACACACACUCGUACUCACACUUUUGACAGUCACUGGGUAAACUCAGCCGCUGUAUGAUGAGUGUGCUGUGAUCAUUGUAACUCGCCUUUACAAGAACUUGCCUACUAAAAAAAAGUUGUCUUCUUUGUUGCUUUUUUUUUUGUUGCUUGUGUAAAUAUGAUUUUAUUUAUUGUCUUUUUAAUAUCCUCAUUAUUCGUUUUGUUGCCAUGUUGUCAUGCCUAAGCCAUUAAGAUUUUUAAUUAAACAGUAUUUUCUUUAA